AUGGGAUGUGUUACAAAAAAAGAGAGACAAUAAUCAACUAUCAAUAUUAACGAAUAAAACACCUUUUAUUUUGUUAUUAUUAAUGGAGAACAAGAACUUAAAUAAUUCAAAAAACAAUACAGAUUUUCAAAUUCAGUGCCAAUUAUAGGCUCUAUAAGUAUUAUUUAGCAUUCAGUAAACUCUAGAUCAAAGUACGAUCAUUAAGAGAAGAAAUCAACUUUUUUAAACAUAGUCAGGUAAAAUGGUAUUAGAAAUGAAUUAUAUCGAGACCUCAAUUUAGAUACAUAAUAAAAAAUGA